AUGGACCAUGCCAGAGCAGCAAUCUCUAACUUGUUUAGUGGCGAGCCGAUGUCAUACACGCGCUUCAGCAUCGCCCGGCAAACGGAUGGCGACAACAGCCACGUGGAGAUGAAGCUGUCUGCUGAUGAUGAGGAAGGAGGGGAAGUUGGGAGAACAGAGCAUCUGCAUGCCAGCAUGCCUCCUCCACGGAGAAGUGGCAAGAACCUCUGCUUCCUGGUCAUUGCAGCUGUCCUCCUCCUUUUGAUUGGGUUUCUGAUCGGCUACUUGAGUUAUCGUGGACGAAUGCAGAAAGUUAGCAGGUGUCUGGAUGGAAGUGGCAAGUGUGAGAUGACUCCAACCGCAUCUUACUUAGCCGAUAGUGGUGAAACUGAGGAAGAAGAGGUUCCUGGACCACGUGUCUUAUAUUGGCGUGAUCUCCAAAAGAUGUUGUCAGCUAACCUGUCAACUGCACAUCUUGAGGCCAACCUGAGGCAAAGAGAAGGAAAGAAAUCUUUUGAAGCUGGCAAGACUGAAGAUGAGACCACUGCCAACUACAUUCAUGAUCAGUUUGUCAGUUUCCGCUUGGACGAGGUGUGGAAUGAUGAGCACUACAUUAAGCUGCAGGACAAAGGCAGUAGUAACAACAGAGUGUCUAUUCAGGAAGAUACUGAAGAAGAGGAACUGGAGAGUCCUGAUGCAUAUGUGGCAUACAGCAAGAGUGACACAGUUACUGGAAAACCAGUCUAUGUGAACUAUGGACUGAAAGCUGAUUUUCAGAAGUUACUAGAUAUGGGUGUAUCAGUGAAUGGAACUAUAAUCAUCUUCAGAGCUGGAAAAAUAACGCUUGCUGAGAAGGUUGCAAAUGCCAGAGAGGAAGGAGCAGUUGGUGCCCUGAUGUACCUGGACCCCUCCACUUACAGGGAAACAGAAGCACAUGCCCCCUUUGGACAUGCCCACCUUGGAACUGGAGACCCUUACACCCCAGGCUUUCCUUCUUUCAAUCACACCCAGUUCCCACCAGUGGAAUCCUCUGGGCUACCUCGCAUUCCUGUUCAGACUAUCUCUAGCCGAGCAGCAGGCAAGCUGUUCAGCAAAAUGGAUGGAGAAAGCUGCCACUCAGACUGGAACUCUGGGAUUUUUGGAUGUAAGGUGACACUGAGCAAGACAAGCAAGAUGACAGUGAAACUGGAGGUGAACAAUGUUAUGGUGGACAGAAAGAUUCUGAACAUCUUUGGUGCUGUCAAGGGAUUCGAGGAACCAGAUCGGUAUGUUGUGAUCGGAGCCCAGAGAGACUCCUGGGGCCCAGGAGUGGCCAAGGCUGGUGUUGGCACUGCCAUAUUGUUGGAACUUGCCCGUGUGAUCUCAGACAUGGUGAAAAAUGGUGGCUACAAACCAAGGCGCAGCAUCAUCUUUGCGAGCUGGAGUGCAGGAGAAUAUGGAGCUGUGGGUGCUACCGAGUGGCUGGAGGGAUACUCUGCCACGCUGCAUGCCAAAGCCUUCACUUACAUUAACUUGGAUGCUGCAGUCCUAGGCUCUAAGCACAUGAAGAUUUCUGCUAGCCCGUUGCUGUACACAUUGCUGGAGAAAACUCUGAAGGGGGUGAAGGACCCAACAAAGAAUUUGGGAACCCUAUACGACAGAGUUGGUGCUGACUGGGUAAAUACAGUCGUUCCCCUUGGUUUGGACAAUGCAGCAUUCCCUUUCCUGACCUACUCAGGGAUCCCAGUGGUUUCCUUUGGUUUCUACAAUAAAGAUGAGGAAUAUCCCUUCUUGAGCACUACUGAGGACACAUUGAUGAACCUGAAGAAGACAGACAAGUUGUAUGAUCUUAUGCGUGCUGCUGCAGAUGUUGCUGGACAAAUAGCUCUCAGACUGACCCACGAUCAUGAGCUCUUCCUGGACUUGGAGAGAUACACUGAUGAAUUGCUGUCGUUCCAGGAGAAGUUUUUCACCUACAGGCAGGAUGCAAAGGAGCUGGGGCUGACCCUGGACUGGCUGUUUUUUGCCCGUGGUGAUUUCCAGCGAGCUGUAAAUGCACUGAGAAGAGACAUUGCAAACACUGACAGGGAAAACAGGCUCAUCCUCAGAGCCCUGAAUGACAGGAUCAUGAAGGUGGAGUAUGACUUCCUCUCCCCGUACCUCUCACCAAAAGAUGCUCCCUUUCGUCACAUCUUCUUUGGCAAAGGCUCUCACACCCUGCAGAGUCUGCUGGAGAACCUGCAGCAGCUGAAAGACAGCAAGGGCAGCGUGGAUGUGAACAUGCUGAAAGAGCAGAUGGCCCUGGCAACCUGGACCAUUAAAGGGGCUGCCAAUGCUUUAGCAGGUGAUAUCUGGAAUAUAGACAACGAAUUCUAGACACAGCAAACACCUGGUUAAGGUACAGGAUUAGGGAAACCCUCUCCCUAACAUGACAUUAUUUUUCUGUAGAUUUUCUGGCAACAACACUUUUUUUGACC